AUGACGGAGUUGCCAUUGUCGAAGAUCACCGCGCCUGUGCAGGUAGUUGGCUUGGAUCACUUGGGACCGUUACCAAGGACGAAAACUGGCUACACCCUGAUUCUUGUGUGGGUGGAUUACCUAUCCCGAUUCCUUUGGGCUAUCCCUGUCAAGUCUGCAUCAGCUCUGGAUGCUGCGAGCUGUUUGGAAGACUGGAUGGAUGAGUCGGGGUUGGUCCCAACUCUUCUGUACCCGGAUGCAGGAGGGGCGUUUACGUCCGCGGAAUUUGCCCUGAAAAUGGACAAACGGGGAGUUCAGGUACAGCCGGCACCUGCGAAAGCACACAAAUCUGUCGGGAUGGUUGAGACGCAUAUUCGAAUCCUCUUGGAUGUCAUCACAAAAUCGAUACUGAGCCGAAAGUACGAGGCUGAUGAAUGGGACGUGAACCUUCCCCGGGAGCUGCUGAAGGUCAACACGCGGUUUAUUCAGUCCUUAUUGUUCACGCCAUAUGAGAUUUUGUAUGGGUUCAUGCCACAGCCCCCAGUCUUCGCUGCCGGAUCGUUUAAGGUUGGAGCUGAGUGGACGCCGCCACCUGAGAGUGAGCUGGAUGAGGCGGCAAUUUGGUAUGUGGCAAGAAUGGAGGGAGUCAGGCGUGAAGUUGCGGAUCGGAUGUCGGUGACCGCGGCGGCACAAGCUGCUCGUCAUGAUCAGCGGGCGUACCAACCCUUCAGAGCCGGAGAUCUUGUUAUGGUGGUUCAGGAGGGCAAGCAACCAAAGUUGGAACCUCGUUGGCGCGGACCGUUCGCGGUGAAAGCACGAGUCGGACGGGCAUCGUAUGUGUUGGAACAGUUGGAUGGUACUCCUAUAGCUCACGCAAGGCAUUAG